AUGGCUCUUAGAUUCAAUUCUCUUCUUUUGUUGACUUUUUCGAUCGUAGUAAUUGCUUCCAUCUCCUGUGUCGUUUUUGCUACAACUGAUAAUCGAAAGUUACUGAAUUCGUCCGAACAUGUAAUGAAUACUCUAGAUUCGUCUCCAUCACAUGGCGAUUGGCAACGCAUAAAAGAUACAAAUAAUCCUAAAGUGGUGAACAUCGCAAAAUUUGGACUAAACGCGGAAAAUAGCCGAUCGCUUGAUGUCGAAUUGGUAUUUCAGAGCGUAUUGAAUGGAAGAUUUCGAGUUGAUAAUAAUGGCAUCACUUAUGAAUUGACAAUUUCCGCCAUAGAUUUCGAUGAAGAAAAUUUUCCUCUUGGAUCUUCAAUUAUUACCUCACCUUCUUCUGGUGGGUACUUUGAUCUCAAAAUUUGA